CACAACCUAAGGGGCCCAAGUUAAUACUUCCCAUGUAUUAGGCCUAAAACCUCACUUCCCCAACCUUCGCGUUUCUCCCAUAUUCGGGUCGCCACCGUAAUCACCAUCUCCGGCACUAUUACAAAGUCCAAUCAAUUCCCUAAUAAUCUCUUAUGACAUAAAGCUCUGCACUAAUCAUGAGGUCCUUCAAUCGAUUAAUCUCUCAUUCUUUGUCUCGCCGUUCCAGAACCAUUUCCACAUAUCAUCAAACACCUUAUGUGCAUUCCCACUCCAGACCAUUUCCGCAUUCCAAGAUUCAAACUUUCUCCAAAACCCACUGUUCAAAUUUCACAACGGCUGCUCAGGAAUCAAAGCCAGCCCCGUCAGAGAGAGUAUCAGCUAUAGUCAAUGAGAUUUCAGGUCUAACAUUACUGGAAGUAUCUGAUUUGAGUGAGGUUUUAAGGAAGAAAAUGGGUAUUGAGGAAAUGCCUGUAAUGGCAAUGAUGAUGCCUGGAAUGGGAUUUAGCCCUGGAGGGAUGAAGGGAAAGGGUGCUGGAGGUGCUGGAAAGACGGAAGAAAAAGCGGAGAAGACUGUGUUUGAUUUGAAACUUGAAGGGGGAUUUGAUGCUGGGUCGAAGAUUAAGAUUAUUAAGGAAGUGAGAUCUUUUACUGAUCUGGGACUUAAAGAGGCUAAGGAGUUGGUGGAAAAGGCUCCAGCUAGUUUGAAGAAAGGGGUUACUAAAGAGGAGGGGGAGAAAAUUAUUGAGAAGAUGAAAGCUGUUGGAGCGAAAGUUACAAUGGAGUGAGGUACAAUUUAUUGUUAUCGGGGUGGGGGAAGCUUGAGUUUACUAGAGUUGUCAUCUUCUUUUCUUUUUAGCACGUUACGCAUGAAAUGUGGAUCUUCCUUGGCAUAAUCUGCUGGCUGAUGGAGAAUUAGUGGAUUUUUUGUGAUGUGUAUCUUGUAAAUGUAUCUCAAAGGGGCUGAUUACACAGCUUGGGUGGUUUGAAUUUCUGUUAAAUAAGAAGGCACCCGAUGCCAUAAACUCCGUCUAUGCAUCUGGGAACGACAGGAGUCUAUUGUAGACAUCGUUUAACUUGCAUUUCUACAAGUGGUUGUUUCCACAGCUUGUACCCAUGAUCUCCUGACCUCACGGCAACAACUCUUACUGUUGUGCCAGUGCUCCCCUUUGGUCUGAAGCUCUCUUUCAUGUUUCUCAAGCCCAUCUUGAAGUUGAAGACAAUGCAAGGUCUUCGAUUACCUGGGGAUUCUCUUAUUAGUUUUAGGGGAAAAUAGUUGAAUGGGACUGGCUGAAAAAAAAAGUGAAUGGUGGAAAUAUUAUCAGAGUUCCAAAUGGGAGAAUUAAGAGGGUGAUGACUUCACUGUGCAUGUUCCGUUAUUUGAUGUUUUGGAACCAAAAGAAAUUCUACUUCCCAUGUGAUUAAAUUUACUCAGUGUGUAGCUGAUGUUUACUAUUGGACCAUCAAUAUCUAUCUAAUUUGAUUUGUUUAAAGAUGGUCACGUUUAUCUUUUCUUUAAGAGAACACACUGUUGAUUU